AUGGGAUUAAUGAAAAAUUCAACAUGUCUUCUUCAACCAUCAUCGGCUUCUACAGUUGCUCUGCCAAUCAUCUAUUCUUUCCUAUUUACUACAGGCAGUUUUGGAAACAUUCUCUCUGGGUGGAUAUUUUCAAAGCACAUAUCUACAAAAAGAACACAGAACAUCUACCUGAUAAAUCUCGGUAUUGCAAAUUUAUUUGUAUGCAUAACAAUGCCUUUUCUCGCUGCCUACUUUGCAGAUGGCUAUCAGUGGGAGAAUGAUUCCAUGCUAUGUAAAAUAGUACACUACUUUGGAACUCUGGUUAUACACACUAGUAUGUAUGUCAGCAUUACAAUUUUAUGUUGGACUGCUUUAAGUCAAUAUUCAACAUUGAUAAAAAAUAAUGACCACACGCAAUAUUCUCCAACAGUUAACGAAAACUACUUCUAUAAAUGCCUACUGGAAAAGUUUCGUCAGCCAAAAUUUGCUAAAUACUUGUGCAUCAGUAUAUGGAUCAUUGUACUGGGCGUAACUGUACCAGUGAUAGUGUAUGAUUUGUAUGUACAGCCUGAUCACGGACAAGUUAACAGAUGCUACCACUGGAAGGCAGAAAAUGGAGAACUCACUUCAAAGAUCACAGUUCUUAUUGCUACUGCAUGGUUUUUUUUAUUUUUUAUAACAGUAUUAUUCUCAUACUAUUCCCUUGUCAAUCACCUGAGUAAAAUGCAGAAAAAUACUUGCAUUGGAAAGAAACAUCUAAUUUACAGUACAGUCAAAAGAAACAUUUUUGUCAUCCUACUUAUAUUAACUGUCUGCUUUCUUCCAUAUCAUAUUUUCAGGCCAGUUUUUUACGCGCUGCUUGCUAGUGAAGACUGCCAGAUGAUGAACUAUUUAGUGGAAGCAAAAAACUUUCUUACUUGUCUUGCAGCUGCCAAAAGUAGUUUAGAUCCUGUUGUAAAUCUUUUAUUAGAUAAAACAUUUAAGAAGAGUCUGUACAAUCUCUUUAGAAAAUCCUCAUCACAAGAUCACAAGCAUACAGCUGAUAUUGAAGAGACUACACAAAUAUGA